GGGGUUUGCUCCCCUCCGGCUUGCGCUCUGACGUCUGAGAAAAAUUGAUUACGAUUUCAAUCCAUUUUUCGUUCCAUCUCGUAUCCAUUUGCGACGGUUCGCGCGACCUGCACCCUUCACCAUGCUCAAAGUAGGCUCGUGGUUAUAUGGCAAGAAGGCUGGUGCCAAUGCCUCGACGCAAUCUUUGGACUCGUUGGUUGAAUUGCGGGACCUUGAGGAUGCUAUGCGGGCUGCAACCCUAAUCCUAAAUGAUGACGUUGACGGCGCCGAAGAUGGCCUUUCGGAAGGAAUUUCGUCUUUUCACAAUCUUGGGCGAGGGGUUGUUGCAUUUAUCCGGGCGACACUGGGGUUUGAACAGGAGAUUAUGCGCCAAGCAUCGGAACGACUCAAUACGGCCGAGACCAGUGCAGCCAAUGAUCAACAUAAGGCUCAGCACAACUCCCAUGCUCCUAACACUUACCACUCACCGAUUUAUUCGCCGGGCACCGAGUUCGCUCUUUGUCAGGCGAUGGCUCAGCUCAUGAGUGCUGUUGUGGGUGUGCUUAAUGAGAGCCUUACAGAAAGUAUCAAAGGGUUCUAUAAAAUGAGAAAGGCAUACAUCACGCUAGACGGAAUCCUCAAGAUGGAGCAGGCAUAUAUGCAGUCAAUUUCCGGUAGUGUGUCUCCUGCAGACCAGGGCGAAGCAUCCAAACCCAACCCGACAGCCACCGUGGAGGCUAAAGGGCUAUCCCAAAGGUUGUCUGAUCUAAGUAUCUCUCAGGAUAGCAGCAAAUCUAGGCAGUCGAUUGAGUCAUCGACGCCUAAUCCCGUGGAUAUGCUUAGCCACGAUCCCGAUUCUGAUAUCUUCAAAAACCAGAUUGAUGUCUUCGUGCACUCUGGUUCUAACUUUUGUUUUGGUAUUCUUCUUCUUGUUAUCUCCAUGGUUCCUCCGGCCUUCAGCAAACUGCUCAGCAUCAUUGGAUUCUACGGAGAUAAAGAGCGGGGACUGAGGAUGCUAUGGCAAGCUAGUAAGUUCAACAAUUUGAUCGGGGCACUUGCUGCUUUUGCGAUCCUCGGUUAUUAUAAUGGUUUCGUCCGAUACUGCGAUAUUAUGCCAGAUCCAGUUCCGGGAGAGCAGGGCGACGUGCAGGGCUAUCCUCAGCAGAGGCUCGAGGCCCUCUUAGCGCAGAUGAGGCAGCGAUUCCCCAAGAGUCAGCUCUGGCUGCUCGAAGAGUCCAGGAUGGAAGGGGCGAACAAGAAUUUGGAAAGAUCUCUGGAGCUUCUAUGCGGUAAAGAACGCAGUCCGCUCAAGCAGGUCGAGGCUUUGCGGGUGUUUGAGCGGAGCUUGAAUGCGAUGUACCUUCACAAGUAUGAAUUGUGUGCAGAAGCAUUUCUCGAGUGUGUGGAGUUGAACUCCUGGUCUCGCUCAUUAUACUAUUAUAUUGCAGGAGCAUCUCAUCUCUCCUUAUACCGGAGCACUAUCAUAACAGACGCUAAACAGGCUGAAGAGCACGCAAAAAAAGCUACAGAGUACUUCCGCACUGCGCCAACGUUUGCCGGAAAGAAACGCUUCAUGGCACGACAAUUACCUUUCGACGUAUUCGUUGCACGAAAAAUUGCCAAGUGGGAAGCGCGAGCGAAGGAGUGGAGUGUGCCCCUUGUGGAGGCAGUCGGCGUUGAUCCCAUCGAAGAGAUGAUCUUCUUUUGGAACGGACAUAGCCGGAUGACACAAGCACAGCUAGAGGAAUCAAUGCAGAAGCUCGCCUGGUCCGAAAGCGACGAAAACAAGAUGUGGUCCCGAGAAGGCCCCGAAGAGAAGGCAAUUCUACAGCUAUUGCGUGCGGCCAACUUGCGUGCGAUGCGUAAACAUGACGAGUCCCGACAAUUGCUUAAAGAGUCUGUCCUCAACCAUGACAAAUCUCUGUUCACCGGUCAUCUUAAGGACAACUGGAUUCAUCCAGUGGCCCAUUUCGAGAUGGCGGCUAAUCUCUGGAUGGAACGUGCCGGUUAUAUAGCCGCUCACGAUGCUCCGGCUACCGAGUCCAAGGCUGCUAACGACGAGGAAGUUACACCACUCGAAAGACAGCAGGUGCGGGAGUGCAAGGAAUACCUUGAGAAAGCUGCGAGAUGGGAAAGCUACGAGCUGGACGCUCGUAUUGGUCUCAAGGUGACCGCUGCCAUGGAGGCAGUGCGCAAGUGGGAGAGCAGGCACUCUACUCCCACCAAUUGAUGAAUUUAUGUAUUACGAUCAUAUACAUGUAUCUGCAUGAGCUCUCUUUGCAAGAUAUACGAUGGGUAGAAUAUAUGAAUAGAGGACUACAUGGUGGUUUGAGGAAUUACCGCAACUGCCCAACAGACUAUUGAAACAUGG